CUACCAACACCAGGAAGCUGGAAGUUUCUUACAGUACGGAUCCGUCUUUACCAAGUUGUUGUUCAUGAGUUUUAGUCAAGAAACCAAGCUUCGAGUGAAAGUAGUAUUUCUUAUAUUUAUUAUUCAGACCAGCUGCUUUUGUAGAUAAACUUUCUGCAAGUCGGUAAAGCCAGAGGACGGACAGCACGUAAAGUCGUCACAAAUCACUAAAUAAAAAUGUUAGCAUCAGGUCUGGUGGCUAACUACUGCACCGAACUCCAUGAUGACCAGGCACACAAGGUGGACACAUUCCUGCACCAUUUCCAGCUGUCAGAUGAGACUUUGAUGGAUGUGUCAUUACGAUUCCGUCGAGAGAUGGACAAAGGAUUGUGCAGAGACACCAACCCCACGGCUGCUGUCAAGAUGUUGCCCACAUUUGUGCGAUCCACUCCUGAUGGAACAGAACAAGGUGAGUUUCUGGCCCUCGACCUUGGCGGAGCCAACUUCCGAGUUCUUCUGGUCAAAGUUAUGGCUGAUGGCGAGCGGAAGGUAGAGAUGGAAAAUCAGAUUUAUGCCAUUCCUGAACACCUCAUGAGAGCCAGCGGGUCUGAGUUCUUUGACCACAUAGCUGACUGUCUGGCUAAUUUUAUGGAGAAGAUGGGUAUAAAGGAUAAAAAGCUUCCUCUGGGCUUCACCUUCUCGUUUCCCUGUCAGCAGACCAAGUUGGAUGAGAGUAUUUUGCUGUCUUGGACUAAAGGCUUCAGGUCAAGUGGAGUAGAGGGAAAAGAUGUGGUCAGCCUCCUGAGGAAAUCUAUUAAAAAACGAGGGGACUUUGACAUUGACAUUGUGGCAGUGAUCAAUGACACAGUGGGAACCAUGAUGACGUGUGGCUAUGAUGACCAUCUCUGUGAAAUAGGUCUCAUUGUGGGAACGGGGACCAACGCCUGCUACAUGGAGCAGAUGAGGAACCUAGAGGUGCUGGAUGGUGAUGAGGGGCGGAUGUGUGUUAAUACGGAGUGGGGUGCAUUUGGAGACGAUGGUGCCUUGGAGGACCUACGUAACGACAUCGACCGGGAAAUUGAUGCAGGCUCACUAAACCCUGGCAAGCAGCUGUUUGAAAAAAUGAUCAGUGGGAUGUACAUGGGGGAACUGGUACGUCUCAUCCUGGUUAAGAUGGCCAAAGAGCAGCUGCUGUUCCAGGGAAAGACUACAUCAGAGCUCCUCACCACUGGUCGCUUCAACACCAGCUACAUCUACAACAUUGACACUGACAAAGAUGAGGAAGGUGUGGUGUGUGCUGAGAACGUACUCCGCAGCCUGGGUCUGGACCCAUCAGUGGAGGACUGCAUAGCUACUCAGAGGGUGUGUCAGAUAGUAUCUACACGAGCCGCACACUUGUGUGCUGCUACUCUCGCGGCAGUGCUGCGGCAGAUCCGGGACAAUAAAGCAGCUGAGAAAUUGCGUACCACUAUCGCAGCAGAUGGCUCUGUUUACAAGAAUCAUACAGAGUUUUCCAGGAGGCUCCACAAAAUGGUCGGACGACUUGUACCAGACUGUGAUGUGCGUUUUUUGCAGUCGCAGUGUGGCAGUGGGAAAGGUGCAGCUAUGGUAACAGCAGUAGCUUACCGUCUUGCUGCUCAACAUGCUGAGCGUCAGAGUAUCCUUGACACGCUGCGUCUGAGUCGUGAACAGCUGCUGGAGGUAAAAGAGCGAAUGAGUGAGCAGAUGGUGCGAGGCCUGUCAAAGCAAACCCAUGAGCAGGCAAGCAUCAAGAUGCUUCCCACCUAUGUCAGAUCCAUCCCAGAUGGAACAGAACAUGGCGACUUCUUGGCUUUGGACCUUGGCGGCUCCACCUUUCGGGUGCUACUGGUGCGAAUACGAAGUGGAAAGAAACACACUGUGGAUAUGCACCACAAAAUCUACAGCAUCCCACAGGAGACCAUGCAAGGCACAGGGGAAGAGCUGUUCAACCAUAUUGUGGACUGCAUUGGCGACUUCCUGGAGUACAUGGGCAUAAAGGGAGCAUCCUUACCUCUGGGAUUUACAUUCUCCUUCCCUUGUCAUCAAAGCAAACUGGAUCAGGGCAUUCUACUGAAGUGGACAAAGGGUUUCAAAGCCAGCGGCUGUGAGGGUCAGGACGUUGUUACGCUGAUUAAAGAGGCUGUCCUUCGCAAACGGGAAUUUGACUUGAACUUUGUGGCAGUAGUUAAUGACACAGUGGGAACCAUGAUGACUUGCAGCUAUGAGGACCCCAGAUGUGAAGUGGGACUCAUCGUAGGCACAGGGACCAAUGCCUGCUACAUGGAGGAAAUGCAGAACAUCGAGCUGGUGGAGGGCAACAGCGGUCGUAUGUGUGUUAACGUGGAGUGGGGAGCAUUUGGCGACAAUGGAGAAUUAGACGACUUUUGCACCCAGUUCGAUCACACUGUCGAUGAUUGCUCUAACAACCCUGGAAAACAGAGGUAUGAGAAGAUGAUCAGUGGGAUGUACCUGGGGGAGAUAGUGAGAAAUGUGCUAAUGGAUUUGACUGCCAAGGGCCUGCUGUUCAGAGGCAAAGUGUCUGAGCGACUCAAAACCCGCGGCAUCUUUGAGACAAAGUUCCUGUCACAGAUUGAAAGUGACCGUCUGGCCAUGCGUCAGAUUCGCUCAAUCCUGCAGCACCUGGGCCUCACCACAUCCACAUGUGACGACAGCGUUCUGGUGAAGGAGGUGUGUAGUGUGGUUGCCCGCCGUGCAGCUCAGCUGUGUGGGGCCGGUUUAGCUGCUGUGGUUGACAAGAUACGACAGAACCGCAACCUAAACCAGCUCACUAUCACCGUGGGAGUGGAUGGCACGCUUUAUAAGACACACCCUCAUUUCUCCAGCAUCAUGCAAGAAACACUGCAGGAUUUAGCACCACAGUGUCAAGUGACUUUCCACAAGUCAGAGGAUGGAAGUGGGAAAGGAGCAGCGCUGAUCACAGCUGUGGCCUGGAGGAUCAAGUGCGAAGGACAGCACUAAGGUGGGCUUGUACAACCGGAGCUGCGACAACUGAUUUUCUGUAAUGGGUCUCAAUGACUAGUUACGUACACACUGACAUGAGCUUCAUUUUGUACUUCAAAUGGUUAGUAUGACUUCUUUUGUGUGUGUGUUCCCAUGUAUGUGACAGUGUGUUACCAGCCUCUGUUUAUUUUUAUCUCAUGUUGACAUUGAUUGAUGAAUUAGGUUCAGAAAUGUUGGACCUUCAAAAUGCACCUUCAUGAAAUGUGACUGUUACAAACUGUAGGGUUCUUCUUUUUCUUGUUCUUAACACUCCCUUUUUAUUGUUUGCCGUUCCCCCAUGUUUCCUCCCAGGUUACUGUUUUGAAGUUUGAAUGAAGUUUGCAAUUUGUAUCAAGUUUCUACACAUUUACACAUUUCUACACAAUUAAGGUCAAGUUUUGAAAAACUGAACAUUUAAUGUCAAAUGUCAAAAAGCAAAACACAGUGGACAAGGACUUGACAGGAUUUGGGUUACAACAAAACAAGAGGUCUUAUGCUUACAAUAAAUUACAGUUUAAAUUGGAAAUUAUCUGAGAAAAAAUAAUCUGUUUGCAUAAUUUUUGUAUUUAGAAUACAUAUUUAAGCCCCAUCUCUAUUUAAACCUGAAUAAAAUGUCAGAUUGUGCUUUAAAUGUACGAAUGAAUAAAACAGUCAAACCUUAAAAAUGAAUUCUCAGCAAUGUCCUGUGAACUGACUGACACUGAAUGUGCAACCAUUGUAAUUGUUGUUGAAUGAUACACUAAAUCUUGCUCACAGAGUUUGCAUUUAACUUAUUCAUGGUUCUUCUGUAUAGUAUCACCUGAAGAAGGAAGGCCCUUGCUUUUAGACUGUGUCUUUACUCUUGUGUAGUUGACUAGUGAACUAUCUGGGCCAGUUCUGGGCAGUGAUGUGGGGGAGAUAGAAAUUCUGUCAUAAUAUUGCAUAAAUAAGGCCUUUAUUUCUUUUCAUUUAAGGCAGUGGACAUGAUACAUAACAUAUGGAUAGCUGUUGCAUUAAACUUUGGUCCAUCUAGAAAAGCGAAGCCGACCCAGAAGUGAAACCUACAUUAUUUCUAAUGGCCUUCAGGGGGCGACUCCUGCAGUUGCAAAAUCAAGGCUGAUUGUAUCUUUCAAAAAUGAUACUACUUCUAUUAAUUAUUGCCUCAGCAAUCAUUUUCUUAGCGGGUUUAUACUCUCAGUCUCUAGUUUUACAACUUUUUGAAUACAACAUAGUGUUCACUUUGUAAAAAUGAAUCCCAUUCAGAAUAAAAUGAACAAUAAAGCAGAGUAUGGUAUAGAGAGGCUAUACUUCGGAUUGACAGGUACCACAUACACAGUGUCUGUGAGUUGUCAUGUCCAGUUUCAAAAGAUGGCAAUGGCCAAAUUGUAAACUUGAUGUUUUAGAACAAUGGUUCACAUAGCAACGGGUGAAAUCACACCCCCUAUGUCCAUUAUGUAGAUGUAGUCUAUGUAACAAGAAAAGCACUCAGAGAGUGCAGUACUCUGGCAAGGCUGCUCAGUCAUUGCAUCAUCUCUGACGGAUGAAAUCUUUAAUUAAAAAAAAAUGACCUUACGCUGAGCACAGUCAUGUGUUAUGCAUGUGUACGUUAUGUACGGAUACCGAAUCAUGUGACCGAAAUAUGUAGCAGGCAGCAGGAAUUGGUGUGACUCGGAAACACCCCCUCAAUUUAAUCAAUUGUUCCUUAUAUGAUUUCCAACGGAUAAGUCCGCAGUUGUCGAUUUGUAGUAGGAUCAUCAUCAUCAUCAUGUGAAUUUCAGCAGGCAGCAGCCGCAGUGUUCACUUCUCAUAGUUACAGUGACGCUGUACCUUUAUCUCACAAUACAGAAAUCUUUAGCAAAUCCGUGGAUCAAGACUAUAAGCUGCAUCAAUCCCAAAGUCUAAUCACUUUGGUCCCUGUGUCAUUUCUGACCUUCCCUGAAAAUUUCAUCCAAAUCCGUUAGUCCAUUUUUGAGUAAUGUUGCUAACAGACAGACAGACAAACGUACGCCGAUUGUCACAUAACUUUGUGGCGUUCCUUGGUGGAGUAAUAAGAGUAUCAGUCCAUUUCAUGUUUCAGCUUCUCUUAUCAGUUAAGCAUGGGUGCAGUGCAUGUUGUCACAUGGAUAAGCAAAUGUUCAAUUGAACAAUCUACAUAGAAGCAGGGAUAUUCCAUUUAUGCUUCAAAGCCUUGAUGGUUGGGUUCAUCGCUACUUUUAAUAGUAUAGUUGGUAUAAAAUAUUUAAAAAGGCACUCAAAAUGAUUCUGUCUCUUUGCUGUAAGAGAGGUUGAGGUAUCCUGACUAGACGUGGCUAGGUAUGCAUGUAGCUCUACCAUCAUCAUUUUCUACUGUACCAUUCUGAAUGGUCUAAUGACUUAUCCACAGGCUUACCCUAAUGCUACGGAAAAGUAAGAUUAAAUAUUAAAACCUCGUUGAUUUAAAGAGACUGAGAAAACCCAUGAAUCCUUAAUUGCCCACCUGGGGACUGGUAGUUUAUUUAAGCUUGAUGGCUGGGUAGUAAAGGGCAGGGAUUAGAGGGCUCAGAGGUUGAAGGAAGAAAGACAGUGAUAGCGGAACUGGAUCUACCGUUGUUGGACUUGUUUUAUUGUAUUUUUUUCUGUUUUGAAUAUAUUUGCACAUUAACAUGCUGAUUUGUGCACCAAAAAAUACAAUAUGUCAUCUGGUAGCAGUUUACUCAUUAAAAUUAAUUGUCAAUAAAGUACUGUUUGUGAAACCAUAAA